CUUCUCGCAGCUGGCUGUCAAAAGUGGAAAAAUCUUAUCAGUGCUCCGAGCGAAAAAAAGUGAACGGUUUUAUAAUUCGUAAAAUUUGCGUGUUUUCACGCGUUUUUAACAGUGAAAUAUAGUGAACGGUGCCGUUAAACAUACGGGAAAGUGAUUGGCGGUGGAAAUUUUAACCUGUAGUCCGAUUUCGGGCGGUAAUUUGCAGUGGAAAAUAUUCGAUCGAUAACAGCGUAGAAAAGUCGCCAUUCGGCUCUCCUUCAGAAGCGAAAGUAAAAGGGAUAAAAACAAUGAAUGGUUGAAUCAGAACAGAUUACGAUUGUGUUUUCUCGCGUAAUUCGAUAAUAUAAUAAAUACAACGACCAAGUGAUUGCUUACGAGUACCGAGAGGACUGUGCACCAUGCUCAGCACAAAUCUAGUGGUUCCGGUGGUUCUGUGGGGCCCCAACACCCCCACCCAUUGCGUCUCGAGUGUGUUUUUGUCACGGGACCAGAAAAUCCUUGCCACUGGCUGUUACGAUGGGCAAAUUUGUUUGUGGCAAGUGGACCCGGACACGCUGCAAAUGACCCCUCGCUGUUUGCUGGUUGGCCAUACCGCUCCAGUGCUCUGUUUGACCCGUGCCUCUAUCAUACAGGACAACAACUUUCUGGUGAGUUCGUCCGAGAACGGAGAGAUGUGCACCUGGGAUCUGGUCGAUGGCAAGUGCACCGAGAGCAUCAAAAUGGCACAGGUCCAUACAAACAUCCAAGCCUAUCGUAUGGCGAAUUGUGACGAUAUUCGUCUGUUCUGUAACGGAUACUAUGCGGAAAUCAUGGUGAUGGAUCCGUUCAGCUUGGAAGUGCUGUUCUCGUUGAGUUCCAAGGUCAAUCCGGAUUGGAUUUCGGCGCUGCACGUUUUGAGGCCCUCCAAGCGCAAGGAUGAUGUCGUGUUGGCUAUAACAACGACGGGAACCGUUAAAGUAUGGACGCUGAUCGGAAAUGAGAAUAAGUAUUCCGAACCAAUUUACGAGAAUGAAUCCAAGCAAAUUCGGUGUCUGAAUGCCAUAACGAUGAACUGCUGUUCGCAGAACCAGCGCACGGUUCUGAUUGUUUGCGCCAAAUAUUGGCAAAUUUACGAUGCUGGAGACUUUACCGUGCUGUGCAGUGUGAUUUCUCCUUCCGGAGAACGUUGGAUGGGAGGUGACUUCUUGGCCAAUGACCGGGUCAUUCUGUGGUCUGACGAAGGAAAAGGAUACAUGUAUCGGUUGCCGGCAAACAGCAUUCCGGAUAACAAAGAUUUCCACGGCCCAUCGAUUGGCAAGGAUUCCCCAUUCUUGUACUGCGUUCUGUCACAAACAGGCGAAAAACCGUUGUCCUGUCCGCCCACUAUGAAGCUGGUCACAUCGACUCGUGGUGGCAAGACCCAGAAGUAUCUUCUGCGCGGAGAUUCCGAAGGAUUCAUCAAUAUCUGGGCCGUUCCGGAUAUAUCCAUGGAGCAAAUCAAAGUGAUUCAGAAUGAGAAGAGAUUGCCUUCCACUCUUGAAUCGACCAUUUGUACCAGCUUGGAAGAGGCAUGGAACAAAAUGAACCCGCUGCCGGUGGGCAUCCUGGAUCAGCUGUACCGCAAUAGCAGCGAACCGAUGAUCAAGUUGACGGCCAGCAUCUAUCUUCCGCUGCAAAGCCGGUUGGUCGUUGGGCGUGAGGACGGAAGCAUUAUUAUAGUGCCGGCUACGCAAACUGUGAUGCUUCACUUGCUGUAUGGGCAGCAUCAGGAAUUAAGUGACUGGCCCCGGCAUCAAAUCCUGAAUGGACACAGUGGCCGCGUGAACUGUUUGCUGUGUCCAUCGUUGGCGCAUCCUCGCUACGACAAGUCUCAUCUCGUUUCCGGUGGAGUCGAUUUUGCCGUAUGCCUGUGGGAUCUGUACAGCGGCCAGUUGCUUCAUCGGUUCUGCGUCCACGCUGGAGAAAUCACCCAGCUGCUAGUGCCACCGGCGACAUGCAGCCCUAGAAUUCUGAAGUGCAUUUGUUCGGUUGCCUCUGACCACUCGGUAACGUUGCUGAGUCUGCAGGAAAGGAAAUGUGUAACACUGGCCAGUCGGCAUCUUUUCCCCGUCGUGUCCAUCAAGUGGCGUCCGUUGGAUGAUUUCCUGAUUGUGGGAUGCUCGGAUGGUACCGUGUACGUGUGGCAGAUGGAAACCGGCCACCUGGAUAGGGUUUUGCAUGGAAUUAUUGCCGAAGAAGUGAUGAAUGCAUGCGAUGAAAACAUGGGCGAUUCAGGAAGCAGCAGUGGAUCAACUUCCGAAAUGGGCUUGUCAAAUCCUGCCGUUCAUUUCUUCAGAGGCCUUCGUCAUCGCAAUUUCAAUGCCAUUCGCCACGCCACGCAGCGUGGUAUUCAUCAGUUGCAGCAACUGCACGCGCACAAUAACCAGCAUGGAGACUUCUUGAUGAAGAACCGAAGCAGUCCGUUGAUAAUCCAAGGUUUACGUACUAACCCGAAAGACGCUGAAAGUCACAUUUUGUUCUUCGAUAUCGAAGGAUUGAUCUUCGAGCUGCACGCUGAAGAAUACGCUGCCAUGAGUCCAAGUACUCUGGAGGCUGAAGGGCUUCUAAUUCCCACCGGAACCGAAACGCACUCAUCAGAGGCUGGCAAGAAAAUCUCAGAUUUCCUCGGUCGCGUGAAGAAUAAAGCUGGCGACAUGGAAAAAAUUCUAAAAGAGAAAGACAAACACGGAAUACUGGCCAAAAUGAAGGAAGGUGCAGAAAACGUUCAAACCAAGGUUCAGGCCAAAUUGGACAGUGUGGUUAAGAACGUUGGUGAUUCGGGUAAGGAUACAUCGGAUAUAUCGAAAAAGAUAGCACCCAGAAUGGAAGCCACACACGUGAUGGAGGUAGCUCAGCUUUUACUGUCGCUGUUGCACUCCUGGGGUCUGGAUCCCCACCUGGACAAAGUAUGUGAAACGCAGCUUGGAUUACUGAGGCCCAAGAUUCCAGUAUCAUUUGGCGUUUUGUCGAAAGGAGGCUACAUGUCCCUAUUGCUUCCUACCUGGCAGAACAAUAUCGACAUUAAGAUAAGUCCUGAGGAGAUACGAGCUAUUUCUUCCACAGCUGAAGAAAUGCGUCAACAGCAUCUAACAAAUCUCUUCACAGCUCGGCUGCACUGGGAACUCAGCACUACUUUGACAUCAAAUCAUCUAUUGGCAUUGAUCUCCAUGUCCAACACGCUCAUGUCCAUGAACAUGGCUACGUUUAUCGCGGAGCAAGAACGCAACCGGAAGCUACAUCGACAAUCUACAAAGGCAUCCUGGACCAACGACGAAGAGCAGGAAGAGCUCUACACUCAACAGCAGGCACAAAUUAAGCAAGGUUGGAGUCUCCUCUCUACUCACCAUUGUUUCCUGUUACCCGAGAAGAUAGACGCCCUCGAUGCAAACACUUUCAAACGGCCACAGGUUGAGAUGAUGGCCCGUCGUUGGCAACAUCAUUGUCUGGAAAUUCGCGAAGCCGCUCAACAGCUUCUUCUCGGUGAGCUUGGACGUAUGGGCAAAAAGGGUAGAAAGCAGUUAGUCGAAAGCUGGGCUCAAUAUCUCCCCAUGUACACCCAUACGGAGCCCAUUGUUCAGCAAACACAAGCCUCAAAUCAGUCGAAUCCUGGUUCACCAGUGGCGACUCCCGGAGGCCCAACGCUGGAAGCACAAGAAGAAGAAUCCGAAGAAGAGGAAGAAGUAGUGCGCAAACCAUCUAGCUUGGCUGAGUUGAAACGGAAGCAAACAACGGCUGUUGUACUGCUUGGAGUGAUAGGAGCCGAAUUCGGACAAGAUAUUUCAUCAUCAGAUGGCAAGCGAAAUAACGAGAAUCGCAGGAAGAGUUCAGUGGUGGAAGGCUUCGGUAUUGGGAACAACAACCUUGCUCGUUCGACAUCGAUGGCUUUAACGCAUCUGUUGUUAGCACCACCUUCGCAAAAGCUCCCUGCCUAUACACCAUUGCGACGAGCGGCCAUAGAUUUGAUAGGAAGAGGAUUCACCGUCUGGGAACCCUACAUCGACGUCAGUAAGGUCCUUCUCGGGUUGCUUGAAAUGUGCUGCGAUUCCAACCGUCUUAUCCCCAGUCUGAACUAUAAACUUCCGCUGACCCCUCAAGCGGACGCCUGUCGGACAGCUCGGCAUGCUCUUCGAUUGAUAGCCACCGCUCGGCCGGCUGCAUUCAUCACGACAAUGGCUCGCGAAGUGGCUCGUUACAACACCAUGCAGCAGAACGCCCAAGCAAUCAGUGUUCCGAUCACGCAGUCGGUGUUGCAUCGUGCUAAGCGGGAAAUUUUACAGUGUGUCGAGAUGCUGAUCGAUAAGAUGCAAACGGAGAUCGCCAAUUUGCUGGUGGAGGUCAUGGACAUAACACUGCACUGCGUUGAUUCCGGCGAUUUGAAAAACAAAGGCCUUGCCGAAGUCUCACCCUCGAUGUGCAAGUUCAAUCAGGUAUCGCAUUGCGGUGCUUCGAGGAGAAUUUCCGUUGGAGCCAGCAAUGGUCACUUGGCCAUAUACGAACUGCGGCAGAACAAGUGCCAGAUGAUACCGGCCCAUACCAAGCCCGUUACGGCUCUCGCUUUCAGCCCGGAUGGUAAGUUCUUGGUCAGCUACUCUUGUGCAGAGAACCGGCUCUCGUUCUGGCAGACUAGCACCGGAAUGUUUGGGCUGGGCCAAUCGCAAACCCGGUGCAUCAAGGGAUACUCGACGGCACCGAUUCCGGAUGUGGCCCGGCUGAAUCCCAUGCGGCUAGCCAAACUAAUCUGGAUCAAUAACCGUACUGUCACGCUGAUGCUGGCCGAUGGAUCCGAGACUAGAUUCAACGUUUAAGUAAGUCAACCUUUCGAACAGUAUUGUGCAUAUAGAUAAACUACUGUAAUAUUUACUCGUCCUUAACCGCAAUCAUCGUGUCCUGUAUAUGUCCAUAUUAGCUGUUACAGAAGACAGAAGUCUUGACCCACAUUUGAUAUUUUUGUUCGCAGAACAACAGUUUUUGAUAAUUUUUAAGUGACGAUUGCCAGUACAAGUUAUGGCUAUAGCGAUUCCCUAUUUGAUCAUACGUGAAGCUUCAAAAAUGUUCAGGUCAUGUACCUAUAUGUUUUGCUUAGAGACAUUUAUUCCCAAUUUGUUCCAGGAAGCUACUGAUUAACGUCUUCGGCACCAUUCGAACACUAUCGGCAAUUAAAUUACAGUACGCGAUAUGAACAUCUUGAUUCGACGCUUAAAAAUAACAUCAAGAAAACUCAAUUUAAAGCCAUUUUUGUAAUUAAUUUUUCCGUCUAUCAUACCUAAUGACAAAUUUAAGAUGAUCGUGUUUCCUUAUCUACCAACUAUCUCCAAUGAGGUUGGGCUGUGCAAAAUCACGCGGAAGACAUUAAACGGGGAACCACAAAAAAAUGAAACCGUUCCUACCUAAUCGCAUACCAAAUCAAUGCAGCAUUCGCGAUUCUUGGGCGCCAAUCGCCAAAGGCUUAUAUAAUUAUGCAAAUUAAGCAUAGAUAUGUACACGCGUCUUUCGUGUGUUCUUUUGUGACGAACCUGACUUCCAAUAUUUUUCUCAUUCCCCACAUCCCACCAAAAAACCUGCUUUCACUACAAGAAGGUCGUCGCAAAGGAAAGACGACGACCGACAUUCGCAUUCGUAUAUAGGUACCCACUAAUGAUGGACAGAAAGGGGGCAAAUUAUGAUUUGACCUAUUUCUAUUGCCAUUCUUGCGGACCGAUGGCUAUAGCUAAUGGCCUGUGAUUUGUCUUCGAAGGUUUAAUUUAGUAGAGCCAGCGACAGCACAGGUGUAUUGACCUGGAUUUGUUUUAUUCUUUUUAUUUUGUUACCCGGGGAUGCCUCCGGAUGUGAGAUAUAUAGGUUAUUCGUUUAGAAAGGCGUUCGCAAAAUAAUUAAAAAAUGUUCUAUAUAAAUGUUAUAAAUUUACAAUGGUGUGCAAGCCUAUGACUAUUAGUAAACUGUUACAAAUAAAUUCAGAAUCUACAAAUCAA